AUGAAGGAUUCCAAUGGGGUCACAUACCCUCACCCCAAAGACCUCCUGGCAACCAUUCCCUUGGCAUUCAUCUUAGUGAUCAUCCGGUUUAGCUUUCAGAGGACCAUUGGUGUAUAUCUGAGCAAAGUCAUGGGUGUUCGUGAUCACAUUAGAUUAAAGGCUGCCCCCAACCCCAUCCUGGAGUCCUUUUUUCAGACUCAGAGUUGGAAUCCCAAAGAGGCUCAGUUGAGUCUUCUGGCCAGUCAAUGUGGCCUUUCUGUGAGACAGGCUCAAUGCUGGUUUCGCUGUCGAAGGAAGCAAGAACAGCCAAAUUUGAGAAAGUUCUGUGAAUCCAGUUGGAGAUUUUUAUUUCAUUUUUCUUCUUUCUUUGGUGGCUUCUUCAUCCUCUACAAUGAGACAUGGUUUUGGGAACCCACAACAUGCUUUGAGGGAUACCUCAACCAGCCUCUGAAGAUUGGUAUAUAUUGCUGGUACUUGUUGGAGAUGAGCUUCUACCACUCUUUGCUGCUCACUCUGCCCUUUGAUGUGAAGAGGAAGGACACCAUGGAACACAUCAUCCACCACUUUAUCGUCAUUACCUUGUUGUUCUUCUCCUAUUGUUGCAACUUUGUGCACAUUGGUGCCCUGACACUGUUACUACAUGACAUAACUGACAUCUUAUUGGAGGCCAAUAAGAUGUUCCAUUAUGCACGGUGGGAAAAUACAAGUGAAAUACUCUUCAUCAUCUUUUCUGUGGUGUUCAUUUUUAACCGGCUUAUUCUCUUUCCAACCAAAAUCAUCAAUACUACCUUGUAUCAUUACACGUUAAAGCCCUUCUUUGGAUAUUAUGUAAUGAUUAUCUUUUCGAUAAUCCUGCAGGGACUCCAUGUCUUCUGGUCCUAUCUCAUUCUCACUAUGGUCUAUUCAUUUGUUGUGGGCGAUAAGGUGAAGAAUGAUAUGAGGAGUGACUCAGAAGAACAAGACACAAGUGAUGAGCAGUCCAAACCAGAAAGAGAAAGGAACAAAAGCCUCUAA